GUAGUGUCGGGUUGGUAUUCACGAAGCACGGCGUUGGCCUUGCUCUGCCUGUGCCCGCCUGCGGCGUUGGCGUAGCGGGCGCAGUUGGCGUAGCGCUAGCAGAGGCGGCUGUGGCGGCGAGCAGCGGUGGCCGUGGCGGCCGUGCGAGGAGAAGGCUGGAGGUGCGAGCAGGGCCGGGCAGGCACCGGGCCGGCACCGGGCCGCAGGCUGACCCGAAGACCUGUAUCAAGGAGUUGCACAAGAGGAGGAGAUAGAAACUGGAAGCUCUCUGAAUGUGCUGCCCCCAGACUUAAGGCUUCUGCGAAGACUGAAGAUUUCCUCAAGAGAUGCUUUCUGGAGGAGUUGUGCUGAAGACAGAGCAGUGCAGCCUCUAACUGGGACAGCUCCUGCUGGUCUGGAGCUGAGAGCCAAUUCUUUCCCUCCGUUUUCCCUUGGAGAUGUUGCAGAGAUUUAAUCUGACCUCUUCCUCCUCACCUGAAGCCUGCCGUGGCGAUGACCCCACAGCCAGAUCCGACCACCAAAGAGAAGAGAAUUGUGCGUUUGAAGCUGGGCCAUCGUUGUAACUGAACUGGAAUUUACUCCCUUCUUGCACUCCUGGAACGAGUGCUUUUCCUCUGCUUGUCUGUGUGUGUUUUGAGCCACUCCUCCCUGAUCUUGUUUGGAAUUCCUGGGCUUUCCACUCUGAAUUUGCCCAUGGCUUUCCUGAUGAAGAAGAAGAAAUUCAAGUUUCAGACAAGUUUCACUCUAGAAGAGCUGACUGCUGUCCCCUUUGUGAAUGGGGUUCUGUUCUGCAAAAUCAGGCUUCUAGAUGGAGGAGAUUUUGCCAGCUUAUCUACCAGAGAAGAAGUUCAGGAAAACUGUGUCCGCUGGAAAAAGAAGUUCACCUUUGUGUGUAAAAUGAGUGCCAACCCAGCCACGGGACUGCUGGACCCCUGCAUCUGCCGAGUGUCUGUCCGUAAGGAGCUGAAGGGCGGAAAAACCUACUCAAAGCUGGGCUUUGCUGAUUUAAACCUGGCAGAAUUUGCGGGCUCUGGAUCCACUGUCCGUUGCUGCUUACUGGAAGGAUACGAUACUAAGAACACCCGACAGGACAACUCCAUCCUAAAGGUCACAAUUGGAAUGUCCUUGCUCUCGGGAGACCCCUGCUUCAAAACGCCUCCUUCCACUGCCAAAUCCAUCACCAUACCGGGACAGGACUCUACCUUGCAGCUGACCUGUAAGGGCGAGGGAACCACAAGCAGCAGCACCAGCAGCUCAGCCACAAUUGGCUCUCUGCGUCAGACCAAGCCAAGACCUGCCAUUCUCAGCUCGGGUGUUCCAGAAGAACCAGAUCAGAACCUGUCCAGCCCAGAGGAAGUCUUCCACUCGGGGCACUCACGGAACUCCAGCUACGCCAGCCAGCAGUCCAAGAUCUCUGGUUACAGCACGGAGCACUCCCGUUCCUCCAGCAUGUCCGACCUGACCCACCGCCGCAACACCUCCACCAGCAGCAGCGCGUCCGGGGGGCUCAGCAUGACCGUGGAGUGUCCCGAGGGAGAGCGGGACCACAAACUAGAGAAACCACCUCGCCCCCCCAGACCAGCCCUUCUGCUGGACAGACCUUCCCGGAGGAAAAAGGAUUCAGUGGAGAGUCACCCAACCCGAGUGGAUGACACCAGGAUCGAUGCCGAUGAUAUAGUGGAGACAAUAAUGCAGAGUCAAGACUUCACAGAUGUCAGCAAUACUGAAGACAGUAACCUGAGGUUGUUUGUGAGCAGAGAUGGAACAACUACAUUGAGUGGUAUUCAGCUGGGAAACAGGGUCUCAUCUGGAGUUUACGAGCCAGUGGUGAUUGAAACCCACUAAAUGUGAAGAACAGGGUAGAGCUGCUGGAAACAGGCCCCCUACCCAGUCCGCUGCCACAUGGAUGCCAACCUUUACCUCUCUUCAUGCAGCAUUCCAGAAGGGAUUUCUCCACACCCCUCCCCAUACGUUUGCACUGCAGAAAUACUCUGAGACCACUCCAGAUCAUGCACUUUCCUGCAUUGGCAUUACCCUCUUCUGCUUCCCAGUUCUUCCAGUGCCUGCCUUCCCCCUGUUUCCCAUCAGCCGUGAGGUGUCUGUUGGGCUUAUCCUUCAUCCAAGAGGAUAUUGCUCAUCUGCAUCCCUCACUCCACCCAUUCACUUGCAAUAGGGGACUUCUCAGCUUCUGUCUCCCCGAAACACUGGGUUAUACCACUGUGAACUCUUCAAACCACUGAGGGAGGGGGAACCCAUUCUAACCAAACCGAGAGCUGCUUGUCGGUGACACGGCCGCUCGCAGGAUGCUUUAUUCUGUUGACCCUGCAAGGCGACGUCACCAGCCGAGGCAACGGUUUUCCUCAACAAGGUAUGCUCUGGUGUGCACUUCACCUUCCUACCCUCAAAUCCCCCAGGCAUCCUCUUCUCAUAGGAAAUAUCUCCCAAAAGUGCAUUUCAGAAAACUACCACAAUCCAGAUGGGAGCUGACAAACGGUGAACUGCUAGUGCUUGUACCACUGACUGCGUGCACCCUUCCACUGCUGGGCAUGGAAGGGCACUCUUCACCUAUGAGCAUUAGCAGGAGCACUUUAGAGGUUCCAGAUUUUACCUGGAGGAGGCUUCUGCUUCCCGUUCCAGGAGCAUAAUCUCUAUUUUCUGAACUGAUUCAGCAAAUAGUCACUGUUGGAGCUUGGAAUACAAAGCCUCUCCUUUUCUUUUCCUCUUUUUUUUGGCUCAGGAAGGGAGCUGCCCUUCUUGGUCCAUGAAAAGAAUCUGGUUAUCUGAUAGCCCUCCCCUGGGCCAGGGCAGGAUGCAGUUGACUGCAGUGGUCUCUCUGUUGUGGUGGUGAUUAACAAUUGCCGCUCUUGGCCUGGGCCAGUAAGGGAAUUGGUGGUGGUUGGCCUUUCUUGCCCUGUCAGCAGGGAUCUAUGCCUGAGCUGGUUCCUUUUGGGGCUGGGGAGAAGCCACUGUCCCUGCCUUCAAAGGCAGAAGGGAUGUUUUCUGCUGUGGUAGCCACAGCAGCCAUUCUUACCUAUGAACUCUUCUGAUGAGGCUUCAAACUCUUUUUCUGGUUGAUCUUUCAAUUGUUGUUCUUUGGGUUUGGUUUCUGCAGUUGUUUGACACUUUAGCUGCCUCUUCCUUGCAGCGUGUGACGGAUGUCAGUCCCUUUCAGCUCCCACCUAGAGAUUCUCCUGGCAGCUGAACUGCUAACAAGGCUCUGUGCAGAUUCCAGCCAUGGGCUGGCUGUGCUUGCAGCCCUUCCUGUACAGAGACUCUCCGUGUAGUGCCCUUUCCUCUUUUGCCACUGUACUGUCGUAGCACUCGGGGCAAUGGCUGGGAACGUGCCCUCCUCUGACACACCUGUGAGUACACACACUUGUCCCAUGCAGCAAGGAAAGACCUGUAACUGAUCACGUUGUUGUUCAAAUCCUUAGUUAUUGUAAAGCCUUUUUUUAAAGGGGGGUGGGGGGAAGAUUAAUUGUGGUCUCUGUGGCCAGAAUGCAUGCAGAUGAGCUACUGGAAAAGGGAAUCUGGCACAAUGAGAAACAAGGAAUGAAAGGGCCUUGAUUUGUUAAUUUUUUUUUGCCCUGCUAGCCAAGAAGGGAUGCUUGGGGAGGGUGCUAGGCAGUGUGGCAAAGCUAUACAGCUGCUCCCUCUGUUUUAAUGGUUUCUGUCUUUGAGUCGAGAGGUUUCUUUCUAUAUUUGGACAGACCACGUAGACAAUAUGGAUCUUUUUCACCCUUUCCCUUCACAGGGAAUUCAAUUUGGAUUAGGAUAAGAAAGGGGUACAGACAACACCUUAGUUUGGCUUAAUGUAGGGAAAAAAUAUUGGAUCUUUUUGAGUCUGUCUUGAACAAAAGCUCUUUCACACUUGCUGGUGUUUUUUAGUGGUGACCUCUUCUUCAUUCAGUCUGGAUAGGUUUGGCACUGCUAGCAGGCUGGUGAGCAUCCUGCCCUGCUCCUGGGAUGUUGUGUGUCUGCAGGAAGGGAAGAACUGCGUGUUUUUCUCUCUCCCUGGGGUUCUGCCAGAGAGCCAGGCCUGGCCUAACCCUCUGCUCGGGUCAGAGUGAGGGCAGAAACAGGCUCAGGCAGCGAAGGGUGUUGCUGCUCUGUCUGCGGAUGACUGUGUGGAGCCGAGGAUCAGGCUGCUGCUCCCCAGGGGCCACUCAAGCCCCUCGGGUAUUCAGAUCCAACCAAGACUUGAAAGGAGCAAAUAUAAGCCAGGAAAGAGGCCAAAAACCCAGCUCACUUCUGCUGCUUUGCUUCUGUUCCCAUGAAGAACAAUGGCAGUCACUGUCAGAGCAGUUGGGAACCCAGAGCUUGCUUCUGGGCUCCCUUUGGCAAGAGCCGGCGGCUCUGAGGAGCUGGCAGCUCAGCACAUCACGAAAUCCCCAGUGGGACAGAGGGAGGAAUCUCUUCCCAGUGAAGCAAAAGGAGAAGCAGAAGGCUGGUCUCACCCUCCCAAGCUGGCAGAGAGGUGUAACCUGCUCCAGUGCAUAGCUGUGGUCAACCUGGGCACGUCUGCUCUCUCUGCCAGUGGCUCAGCAAAUCACCGCUUGCAUUUUUGAUAACUGUGUCUCGUAGGGUAUCUCUUCCUCGUCUCCACAUCAUUAUUGACCCCUCUGACACUGACCUUUAUGUAGCUGUUUAGUUUUCCUGCCCCUCAUUUUGAAUAAGCAAGCAGCCCUAGUCCUUCAGCCUGGUGCGAGCACUUUUUUCCUUGUGGCAUCGCUGCCGCCUGUUCCUUGUUGGAUUUCCAACACUUAAGCAGUGAAUCAGUUUCCAGACCCAGACCUCUGGCUACUUUCCUUUGGGUUUUUCUUUUUGUCAUGAAGUUUAUUGAAUCUUUUUUUUUUUAUACAAACCCAGCAGGCUGGUGGAUUUUUUUUGACUACAUUAUUGUUUCAUUGAUAUUUUAUUCCUGCGGGGUAAGGGGGAGGCUGAGGGGAGAAGGUUCUUCCCCACAUUGCUCCCCUUCUCAGGGGAUUCAGGGGUGGCUCAAACAAGUGAAAAAGGAUCUUAUUGGCAAGACUCUGUGUCCUCUGGGUCUCUGGUGCUGGUGAGUAGGGCUGCUCACACCUGGCUGACCCCAGAGAGUGGAGCUGGCUCUCUGCUUCAGUCUGGGGGCCAGGCAAAACACGUGGGCUCUGCUCAUCCAGUUUCUGGACCUUUAGUUGGUGGAAGCCCGUUGCAAAAGUUGGGGAAAUUCAAUGGAACUUGUUUUUUUUAACUAACUUUUUUGUUUAAAAAAGAAAAAAAAAACAGUAUAAACUGAGUCCAUGUCCAAAAGAAGAGGCUUAGUUGUGACUUGAAGGAGAUGGGUGUCAAUUGGAAAUCGUGUUUGGAAAAAGGGGGAGAAGGAUGUUGCUCCUCCCAUCUUCUUCUUUUGUGUGGUUGGCACUUUAAAUGGGGGCCUUGGUGCUGCCCUGCCUCUGGGUGCCAUGGGCAGCACGUGUGUGAUCUCUCCCCCACCUCAUUGCCACAUCACUUAUCCCCCUGCAGAAAACUUACUAAAGCCCUUUUAAAUGUUUGCUUCAGUUUUUAGAGGGUUCCAGACACAGGCUGAGACCCCGAGAACACGUUUAUUUCAUUCUCAUCUUAAAAGGAGGGGUUGACUUUUUAUUUAUUUAGUCGUUGCUGUUUCUUUUAAAACUGGUGGCAGUGCAGCUGGACUCUGCACAGCCUGUUGUGAACCUCUGGGAAAAACCUCACUUCCAGGUACGCUAGAGCACCUCGGUUAACUCCCCCUCCUGGAGAGGGGACCCCCGCUCUCCUCCUCGCUGCCUUACCCCCGCCACCCCUCCUGCCCCAUCCCC